CGGCAUCGGUGGCGUAAACAGUGCCGCCAUUGGCAGUAAUAUCGGCGACAAUGACUAUGGUUUAGGUGGUAGUGAUGUCGACGGCGCGGAUGAUGCUGACGACGACGACAAUGCAAUGGCAAUGACCAUUGUAAUGGCCAGUAUACUGGCACUGGCCAUACUGUGCACAGUUAUCGGCAAUCUGUUUGUCAUAGCGGCCAUACUAUUGGAAAGGCAUUUGCGGGCAGUCGGCAAUUAUCUAGUAUUUUCGCUGGCCGUAGCCGACCUAAUGGUUGCCUGUCUGGUCAUGCCGUUGGGUGCCGUCUAUGUUGUCAGUGGCCAGUGGUCGCUGGGACCCGAUCUGUGCGACGUCUGGACCAUAGUGGACGUCCUAUGCUGUACGGCCAGUAUAUUGCAUUUGUUGGCCAUUGCAAUGGAUCGGUUUUGGGCCGUAACCAAUGUCGACUACAUACACAAUCGUAACAGUCGACGUAUAGGUACAAUGAUAUUCAUUAUAUGGGCCGUAGCUAUGGUCGUAUCGCUGGCACCGGUACUCGGCUGGAAAGAUCCUGAUUUCCUGAAACGUAUUGAAGUCGAUCGUAUAUGUCUACUAUCACAGGAUAUUGCCUAUCAAAUGUUUGCCACGUGCUCAACAUUUUACGUACCACUGGCCCUGAUAUUGAUACUCUAUUGGCGUAUAUUUCAGGUCGCCCGUAAACGUAUACGCCGUAAGCCGGGCAACAAAGUAGUACUGGCUUUGCGUAAGGCCUCGGGAUCUACGCGCAGCCUAACCGUGCCUUCAACUACAACAGUCAAUGAAAUGACUACCAAUUUUUCAAGCGAAGUGUCCACAUCUGCUACCGCCAGCGGCACCAGUGAUAAAAUAGAUAGUAUGCUAUUGCCUAACCAUAAUAAUAAAAAACAACAACAACGGCCACACCAUCAGCAGCAGCGGGAGUCCAUUGAAGCCAAACGUGAACGAAAAGCGGCCAAAACAUUGGCCAUUAUUACCGGCCUAUUUGUUAUAUGUUGGCUACCGUUUUUCAUUGUCGCCCUAUUGAUGCCAUUAUGCGAGUCGUGUCGUGAAAAUAUACCGCUACUGGUGCUCAACAUAUUUCAAUGGUUGGGUUAUAUCAAUAGCGGUAUUAAUCCUAUUAUUUACACAAUAUUUAGUCCCGACUUUCGGACGGCAUUCAAGAAAAUGCUAUUAGGAAAGCGUGCCAUCAAUAUAAGUAAUAUUAAUAAUACUAAGGCCAAGUCACCGGUUAGGGUAUGA